AUGCCGAUCGACUCAUCAACAUGGAAGGAGUACAGCAAGAUGGAUGCCGAGAUGGAAGCUCUGCUACCGCAUUUACCGCCGAGCAAGUCUUUCGCAGACUACUCCACAGCUGUCGAGUUACGUCAGUCUUUCAAUGAGCAAAUCGCUCAGAUGGUCGCAGCCGGAAUUGUGAACUUCCCGGAUUGGACCGGGUAUCACAAAUCCGAAAUUCAGAUCCCGACACGCGAUGGCACAUCUGUGCGUUCGCUCGUAUACCGUUCAGAGGGCAAAGAGCCAGGGCCAUUGUAUAUAUACUUCCACGGCGGAGGAUGGAGUUUUGGAAUGCCAGAAUAUGGCGAGGGUAUGGCGGAAGUAUUGGUAAAAGAGUUGGGCUUCACGGUGGUAAGCGUUGGGUACAGGUAUGGACCUGAGCACGUCUUACCCACUGCCGCGCAUGACGCUAUUGAUGCAGUCAAAUGGUGUGCAGAGAACGCAGCAUCGUUGGGCGGUAACCCAUCCAAAGGCUUCAUCGUAGGAGGGACGUCGGCUGGAAGCAAUCUCGCAGCUGUAGCAGCUCACCAGGUUGUUGAUGACAAUUUGACCCCGAAGGUGACUGGAGUUGUCCUGCUGUCUGCCCAGCUGUGUCAUCCCGAAGCAAUGCCCGAAAAGUACAAACCACACGUAUCCAGCUGGGAGGAUCAUAAAGACGGCCUGGUACUGAGCCGACAAUCCGUUGAAUGGUUCCUCGACAACUACAAACCGGACCCAUGGUCACCGUUGAUGAGUCCGUUGAUCUGGAAGACCCAUAGCGGCCAACCCGCUACGUAUCUGCAGGUUAUGGGAACUGAUCCACUUCGUGAUGAGGCGCUCGUCUACGAAAGUCUCCUCCAAGACGCCGGUACACCGACCAGGAAGGAGGUUUACACUGGUUUACCACAUGGCGCACCCGACUUCUUUCCCAUGCACAGCGUUGCAAAGAAGGCAUUGGUGGAUCUGAACGGAGGUGUGAGCUGGAUCUUGCAGCAGAGCUCGGGUUGA